CUGCAUGUGUGUGAAAAACUAGAUCAAAGAAUCGCAUAAAGGGGAUUAGGGAUUUGAAUUUUGAAACAAGUGAGAGAUGUACCAGUUCAUCUCCUGGAGUCAAGCUCCUUAUGCCGAAGCAGUGUGAUGUUGAUUGAAGGAUGCUCUCCAACUCACCACUAUGAUGACUCCCCCCUCGCGCAGUAGAAUUCUUUAUUUCCCACCGUCUUCUUCUUCUUCUUCUUCUUCUUCUUGAUAUUGUUUCUCUUCACUAAUCACUGCUAUGGAACUCUGCAAAACUGAAUCUUGAAUUUAAUAAUCCAGCAGCGGAAGAGCUGGAAGAGUAUUGAAGUCAACUUCAACCUUCAAGAUCAGAGGUGAGUAAACCCUUGAGCUUGCGAAUCUCAAAUUUUUCGAUUCAAUUGGGAAAGAUUUUAUAUAAUGGCACGGCGAAUGGUUCGGAUUUGAUCUGAUCUGAUUUGUGGUUAGCUAUUAGGGUUUAUUGUUGCAAUGAGGGAACCCAAUUCGGCAGCAGAUCCGAUUGGGCAGAACAUCAUAAAGCUGAUUAGCAAUGUCUGUUUCUCUGUGUUUGUGUUUUCUGCGCUCAUAUUAACCGUGAUUGCCGUAACAUACCAACCCCCCGAUCCAUGGGAAUCUGCUAGGGCCCUGACUAGGGUUUUCACUUCCGUCCAAAAUGCCACAUUUAAGACAGACACUUCUGUCCUUAAGACUGGGGAGGAUAUGGUUGCCGCCUCCCCUGCAACCACGCCGGCCUUUGCCAGUGUGCCAGUCACAGAGGAAGUAAUUGAGAAAUCGGAAGAGAAGCUCCCGAAUGCUACUUUGAAGGCGAACUGUGCAGAUGGAGAUUCAAUCAAUUGCUCAGAUCCUAGGGUUUUGUUCGCCAUUCAGAGGUUCAACGUGAGGAGAUUCAAGUCGCUUGCGUUUUUCGAUUACCAAACUCCUGUUAAUGGGUCUCAGCCAGACGAAUGUGAUGUGGCCUGGAGGUUUAGGAACAAGAGAGAGAAGUCAUGGAGGAAGUAUAGGGAUUUUCGGAGGUUUAAAAUCGGAUUUACUAGCGACUGUAGUCACAGAGUUNGCUACUUUGAAGGAGAACUGUGCAGAUGGAGAUUCAAUCAAUUGCUCAGAUCCUAGGGUUUUGUUCGCCAUUCAGAGGUUCAACGUGAGGAGAUUCAAGUCGCUUGCGUUUUUCGAUUACCAAACUCCUGUUAAUGGGUCUCAGCCAGACGAAUGUGAUGUGGCCUGGAGGUUUAGGAACAAGAGAGAGAAGUCAUGGAGGAAGUAUAGGGAUUUUCGGAGGUUUAAAAUUGGAUUUACUAGCGACUGUAGUCACAGAGUUGUUCGAGCAGGGAAAUGGCAUUCAGGGGUAAAGGCUCGUCCUCCGAGGAUUCAAGGUAAUAACGGGAAUGCCACUAGACAUGGCUCAAAACCAAAAAUCUCUCCCCCUAUCCAGGAUGAUGAGAUCAAUGAUACAAUCCCAAUCAUGGGGUCAGAUCUGGCUUUCAGGAACGGGAAAUAUUUGUACUAUUCUCGUGGCGGUGACUAUUGUAAAGGGAUGAAUCAGUUUCUAUGGAGCUUUCUGUGUGCUCUAGGUGAGGCCCAGUACUUGAAUCGAACAUUCGUGAUGGAUCUGAGGAUCUGUCUGGCGUCCACUUACACUCAGAGCAACAAGGAUGAGGAAGGGAAAGACUUUAGGUUCUACUUUGAUUUUGAGCACUUAAAAGAGGAGGCCAGGAUUGUGGAUGAAGUAGAUUUCCUCAAAGAUUGGAAGAGAUGGGACAAGAUGCACAAGAAGAAGAUCCCUGUGAGAAAGGUUGCUGGCUAUAGUGUCACGCCGAUGCAGCUUAGAAGGGAUAAUAAAUCCACAAUAAUAUGGAGAAAAUUUGAUGGCCCGGAGCCUGAAAACUAUUGGUAUCGUGUCUGUGAAGGUCCAUCUGCAAAGCACAUUCAGAGGCCCUGGCAUGCUCUGUGGAAAUCAAAGAGAUUGAUGAACAUAGUCACUGCAAUCAGUGCGAGUAUGGAUUGGGACUUUGACGCUGCACAUGUGGUCAGGGGUUACAAAGCAGAGAAUAAGGAGUUAUGGCCCCAUUUGGACGCCGAUACAUCUCCUGAUACCCUGGUUGAGAAGAUUCAAAAAAUGGUUGUGCCCGGAAGGAAUCUAUAUAUUGCCACGAACGAGCCAUUCUACAAUUACUUUGAUAAGUUGAGACCUCACUACAAGCUUCACUUGCUUGAUGAUUACCAGUAUUUGUGGAGUAACACAAGUGAAUGGUACAAUGAGACAACACUUCUGAAUGGUGGCCGCCCUGUUGAAUUCGAUGGGUACAUGAGGGUCGAAGUAGACACCGAGGUUCUUUAUAGAGCCAAGACAAAGGUGGAGACAUUCUACAAUCUCACCAAAGAUUGCAAGGAUGGGAUCAACACAUGCUAGGCUGGCUGCAGAUCUUAUGUCAAUUCAUUCAUGUACCAUUUUACAAUUUUUUUCCCUAUCUCAAGAGUGAAAUGUUUUGAAACAUAAAUUUGAUAAAAGAUGUUGUGACAUGGCUUUUACAUCAUUCAUAUUGAUUGUAACAUAUUUUGCUUUCUUUAUUAACCCUUAUUCACUACUACAUGAUUGACAUUUAACAGUGUACUUAAGAGGCACACUCCAUUUAUUAUUUUUAAUCUAAUGAUGUCUGUUCAACCAUAUGCGCUUUCUAAAGUCUAAACCCAGCGGUUAAUCUCUGCUUCAGCUCUCGAUCUUCAACUCUCUCUUGUUCUGCAUGAAUCCCACUGCUGGGCAGGCUCUGGUGUUAGGGCAGACACAGAUUGGAAGCAAGCGCAGGCUACUCCCUGGAGUGGACAGGGGCAUCCAUUGUGGGACGGAGGGAGUACAUCAUCAUUACAUCCUGGAGCACUAUUUUCGAGCUCAGACUUCAACUGACAUUUCAUUGUAGAUUUCUUAUCCAGAUACCUUUAUUCUAAAUUCUCAUCCUGAGAACAUAUCGAUUCAUUGGUUGGUGGAAUGGAAGAGAAUGCAAAAUGAUGUCAUUAAGCUUAUGCCAGGUAU